AUGACGCCGCCUACCCACGCGAAAAUGUUUUCUGUGUGUGCAGAAUGCUGGGCUGUCCAGAACCCGUCGUACGAGGGCAUCGACAUCCUGGCUCAUAAUAAGCGGCUCCUGCUGCCGCCGGGUCAAAGAUCGAGUGUGAGAUGCAUCCGGCUUUGUCCGAAAUUCGGACAUACAGUAGUGAUAAACAGUAGGGGCAUCAUACCUUUUAGACAUGGGGAAAAGGCGGGCAAAGACGUCAGAGGGAUGCGUCUGUUAGUUGCAGAUAUAUUUCUCGAUCGGGUGGAGCGGAUGGACGUUGGAGGAAGGAGGGGCCGCAGGGGGGGCACGCUAUCCUGCGCCGUCGUGGGCGCCACCUCGUCCACGACCGUCGGACCGUUGGUCACGUCCCACCGCCACAUUGACCUGAGUGUGGGAACAAAACUUCUUUUGCUGGUAUUCAAACGGGAAUCUGGCAUAGAAGAAACUUUCUGGAAGUUCGUCGCGCUAUACGACAAAACGGUCCUAUGGCAGAUGGCCCGAAACAAACUCUGUACGGACGAGGAUAGAUUCGAACGGACAUUCAACGCAUCCAGCCGGCUCUUCGAAGAAUGGGACAACGUCGGAUUGGGAUCCUUGUUUUUCACCCAAGGCACUAUGUCCGCCGCGGUGCCAUUCGAGGUCGUGCGCUCGGUUCUGUUCAAAGGUUCUGCAAGGAUCGAUGACGUCGAGCGAGUUUGGAUGCAGAUGGGGUCGAUCAAGCUGAAAGACAUUGCCAAGAUCCGCGAAUGUCUUGUGAAGAAUCACCCGGAACCUACCCCACCUACCCCGCCUGUUCGCAUCCCCGCAAGCACCCCCGUAUCGAUUCGCACUGUCUAUCUUCCCACUCCGACGUGCACCCCCCUCGGCCCCUCGGUUGGGGAUGAGCAAGUCGGGCAGGUUGGGGAGGGGCAGGUUAGUUAUGAGCAGGUCGGGCAGGUCGGGCAGGAGGGGGAUGAGCAGGUCGGGGAGGGGCAGGUUGGGGAGGGGCAGGUUGGGGAGGUUGGGGUAGAGGAGGUCGGGGUAGCGGAGUUGGAGGUCGUGGAAGAGGAGUGGGAGGCUGAGGUGACGAGCAGCAGUAGGAAACGACAACAACACGCCUGUCCCAUCGCCGGUCCCAAGAGGAGGAGGGUGGGGGCACUUGCAGAGUUGAGCGUGCAAAGGUUCUAAUUAAAAUUUUUUGGUAGACAAGUAGAAACACCUAUUUUUGCUGGAGUUUGCUGGAGUUUGCAUGUAUAUACAGUACUGUACAUACCGUACAUUAAACACUACGUACAGUAUGUAGUGCGGUAUGUUCGGUCAGGAUCUCAAAUCGAAAUCAAU